GUUAAGGGGCGUGGUCUGCUGUGUCUUCAGGCUGCAGCUGGUGAUACAGAAAAGCCAGACUUCUUCUCUGUGUUUUUAUUGUGUUUCUCCACGCUCCACACACACACACACACACACACACACUUCCGGUUUUAGUCGGGUUCUUCAGUGUGCAUGCAGCAGAAUGGAGCAGGCGAGACGCCGAACGGAGAUGCAGAACAACUGUCCUUCAGUCCCGCAGGCUCCGUUAACUCGGCUGGUCUGCUGCCUGUGGCCGCUGUGUCUUCAUCCUCCUCCUCCUCACCAUCAUCUUCAUCAUCACCAUCAUCACGGCUGAGGAGGCUGACUCAGGAGGCCCGCGGAGUUCCUCCUCAGCCCACAGUCAUGGUGGUGUUCUCGCCUGUGAGGGACAUCCAGCCCGCGGGAGACUCCGCCAUGUCCGGUUCUGAUGAGGAGAAACGCAAAGCAGCAAUUUCUACUCCGAACAGAACUUUACCGAAACCUGGGCGCACCUUGAACGCACCCCAGGAGUUUCCUGAGGUGAUUCCUCUGAAUGUAGGAGGGACGUUCUUCACCACGCGUCUCUCCACGCUGCGGCGGUACGAGGACACCAUGCUGGCCGCCAUGUUCAGCGGACGGCACCACAUCCCCCGAGACGCAGAGGGACGAUACUUCAUCGAUCGAGACGGAGCUUAUUUUGGAGACAUCCUGAACUUCCUGCGUGAGGGUGAGUUGCCUCAGAGGGACCGGGUUCGAUCCGUACACAGAGAGGCUCAGUAUUACUCCAUUGGGCCUCUGUUAGAGAGUCUGGAGGACAGACAGCCGCUGACCGGAGAGAAAGUCCGCCAGGCGUUCCUCGACCUCCUGCCUUAUUAUAAAGAGAACCUGGAGCGGAUUGUGGAGAUCGCGAAGCUGCGUGCGAUGCAGAGGAAAGCUCGCUUCGCCAAGCUGAAGAUCUGCGUGUAUAAGGAGGAGAUGCCCAUCACUCCGUACGAGCGCCCGCUCUUUAAUUCCCUGCGCUUCGAGCGCUCCGAGAGUGAGGCCAAGCUGUUCGAGCACCACUGCGAGGUGGACGUGUCGUUCGGGCCGUGGGAGGCCGUAGCUGACGUGUACGACCUGCUGCACUGCAUCGUGAGCGACUUGGCCGAGCGCGGCAUCACCGUCGACCAGCAGUGCAUCGGAGUGUGCGACAAACACCUCAUCAACCACUACUACUGCAAAAGACCCAUCUAUGAGUUUAAGAUCACCUGGUGGUGAAGGAGCAGGUUCUGCUUCUGCUCAGAGAGCUCACACUUCGGUCCGGUUCCUGUUGGAGAUGUGGAGCAUGUCGCUUUCGUAACAUUGAAUCUAAACUUUUUACACUUCUUGUUUCACGUAGUCAUGAGGGACGAGUACUGAAACGAGUCCGGCUUCUUUUAGGAGUCUUCAGUUACUGUACCAGGUCCGGGUUCCUCUGAGAGCUUGCAUGAGGGCAGCAAAUCUGACGCUAACGCUAACCAUCUCAGUAAUUCAUCUGUGCUUUCAGAUCACUUAGUCAAAUACAUUUAUAAUUCUAGAGAACUUGUGAGGAGGUUCAAAGUUUCAUCUAAAUUCAUGAAAGAUCUGUUGAUGAAGUGUGCAAGGAACUCGUGUAAGAGCUUCCAUGAAGUCCAUCCGUGAGAUUCGAUUCACUCUACUCUGAACAUGUAGAUAUUAGCGCAGGCUUGGAUCCUUUUACGAUCUUAUAGGUUCUUUUAAGGUUCUUUCAGAAUCAGGAACAUUAAAAAUCACAUCACUUCCACUACGUCCCCUCGGUAGUGAAGGACAGCUUCUGGUUAUUGGGCCCAUUAAUGAUCUGAGAGAAAGGAAGGAGAUUCAGCUCACCUGUUCUUCUGGUUCUUGUGGUUCUUCCUCCUGUGUGGUGUUAGUUAGCACAGACCUGUGCUCCAAACUUUCUGUAGGAGCCGGCGUUGUGUUCCUCAGUCUCACUGCAGUGUGUGGAACACGGGGGGUGUGUGUGUGUGUGUGUGUGUGUGUGUGUGUGUGUGUGUGUGUGUGUGUGUGUGUGUGCGUGUCUGGAGUUCUCCAUCGUCUUACAUCGAUAUGGAGUGACACAUAAACUGGAAUUGUGCUGUGUUUGUGUGUGCUUUUCAUCUCAAUGAUCUCCAGAUGUUGGGGUGAGUGUGAGACAGUGUGCAGCUGAUGUCCAGAUGUUGGGGUGAGUGUGAGACAGUGUCCAUCUUAUGUCCAGAUGUUGGGGUGAGUGUGAGACAGUGUGCAGCUGAUGUCCAGAUGUUGGGGUGAGUGUGAGACAGUGUCCAGCUUAUGUCCAGAUGUUGGGGUGAGUGUUACACAGUGUGCAGCUGAUGUCCAGAUGUUGGGGUGAGUGUGAGACAGUGUGCAGCUGAUGUCCAGAUGUUGGGGUGAGUGUAAGUGUAUGCAGCUGAUGUUCAGAUGUUGGGGUGAGUGUGAGACAGUGUGCAGCUGAUGUCCAGAUGUUGGGGUGAGUGUAAGACAGUGUGCAGCUGAUGUCCAGAUGUUGGGGUGAGUGAGACAGUGUGCAGCUGAUGUCCAGAUGUUGGGGUGAGUGUGAGACAGUGUGCAGCUGAUGUCCAGAUGUUGGGGUGAGUGUGAGACAGUGUGUAGCUGAUGUCCAGAUGUUGGGGUGAGUGUAAGACAGUGUGCAGCUGAUGUCCAGAUGUUGGGGUGAGUGUUAGACAGUGUGCAGCUGAUGUCCAGAUGUUGGGGUGAGUGUGAGACAGUGUGCAGCUGAUGUCCAGAUGUUGGGGUGAGUGUAACACAGUGUGCAGCUGAUGUCCAGAUGUUGGGGUGAGUGUGAGACAGUGUGCAGGUAUAAGAAUUCAGUCUUAAUGAAGCAGUGCUAAAAAUAACUCCAGCUGCAGGUGUGGUGAUCUUUGCUCUGUACGCUGUGAUCGUUUCCUUCAGGUAUGUAUGCUGUAAUGUGUUUCUUUAUUAAGAUUUAUAUAAUAAUAAAGUGUGUGUGUGUGUGUGUGUGUGUGUGUGUGUGUGUGUGUUAAAGCAACACUGCACUGAUCUGACUGUUAGUCUCCGUGUUGUCACUGAGACAUGACCUUCCUCCUCCUCCUCCUCCCUCUGUAGCACUCAGCUCUGAUAUUUUAGGAUCAUGGAAGAGCUUCUCUGUAGCUGGACGAUCUCGCUGUAACUAAUCCCUGUUUCCUCCUCCUCAUGGUGUCUCUGAUGCUGUAUGAGCUCUCUGAUGACUCUACUGCGCUCCAUGUAAACGAUCCCAACCUCAUGUUUGUACUGCUUUAUUGUGCUGAUAAUAAACUCUGUAUAUUUUGCCAUUUUUA